CAAAUCUUGGCUGUUAUGGUGUUCACCAGUGUCAUAUUGCUGUUACUAUCCUGACCUGAUCCAUCUGCACAGUUUUAAACAAUUUGACCUGAUACCUGUUACUUAAUUUGUUGUUGGUGCAUUUGUAGGUUGUUAAUGAUGUAGGCUUCGUAGGGUUAGGGCCCGUUAAUCAGUUUAAGCCCAGUUUUGGGUUGCCCUAAUUUUAGUCUAUAUAUUGAUCUCUUGUACUUGUAAUCUUUAUCACUUAAUAAAAUAUCUCCUAGUUUGCCCCCGUGGACGUAGGUUGUACUCUGCAACCGAACCACGUAAAUCUCCGUGUCAUCUUUCAUUGUGUGUGUGAUUUAAAACCUAACAACUGGUAUCAGAGCCAAGGCUCUCGAUCAAAAUCACACAUCCCCAGCCGUAGGACAGCCACAACAGAAACAACCGCCAGCUGCCAGCCGCCGCUCGCCGCUAGGGUUCCGAUCAGAAGCCGCUGCCGUCAACCAGAUUAGGGUUUUCUCGCCGCCGCCGUCGUUCUGUUGCUGAUUCUUGUUCCAGAAGCCAAUUAGGGUUCCGAUUGAACCCAAUUGCCGUCGACCUUGUUCCUCGUUCCCAGAAAUCGAUUAGGGUUCCAAUUGAACCUUAAUUACUGCUGCCGUCGCUUUCUUUUUCAACCAGAUUAGGGUUCAGGAGGAAGAUUAGAACCUGUCCCUGCGUUGAUUUGACUCACGACUGCCGACGGGAAGAGUUUGGGGUUUUGGACCAUUGUUCAGUUCGUAUCAAUGGCUGAAGACGGAAAAUACAGGAUUGAGAAGUUUGAUGGGCAAGAUUUUGGGUGGUGGAAGAUGCAAAUCGAGGAUUUGCUUUGUCAGAAGGAUUUAGAGCUUGCGUUGAAUGAGAACAAGCCGACUGAUAUGAAGGAUGAAGAUUGGCACAGUCUAGACAGAAAGGCCCUCGCAGUGAUCAGGUUUACUUUAGCCAAGAAUGUGGCUUUCAAUAUUGUGAAGGAGACGACCUCGUUUGGUUUGAUGAAAGCCCUGUCAAACAUGUACGAGAAACCUUCAGCAUCCAACAAGGUAUUCCUGAUCAGACAGCUGGUUAACACCAAGAUGAAGGAAGGUGCAUCUGUUACGUCUCAUGUUAAUGAUUUUAACACUAUUCUCUCAAGAUUAUUAUCUGUUGAUAUUAAGUUCGAUGACGAGAUUCAGGCAUUGUUAUUAUUGUCUUCCUUACCCGACAGCUGGUCAGGCUCAGUUACUGCCAUUAGUGGUUCUUGUGGAACUGCUAAACUCACUUUUGAAGGCAUUAGAGACUUCAUUCUAAAUGAAGAUAUGAGGAGACGUAAUUCUGGAGGAGAAUCAUCAGGUAACUUACUAAAUACAGAAGGGAGAGGUAGAAGGAAAGACAGAGGUAACAACAGGGGAAGAUCCAAGUCUAGAAAUAGGGGUCGAUCAAAGCCGAGAAAGGAUAUUAACUGCUGGAAUUGCAAGGAAAAUGGGCACUUUAGAAGUCAAUGCCCAAAUCCUCCUAUUGUUCGUGAUCAGAAGCAGGUGAACAUUACCUCAGAAGACUCUGAUGAUGCUCUUAUCUGCUGCGUAGAGGAUACAGCCGAGUCUCGUGUUAUGGACUCAGGAGCUUCAUUCCACGCCACACCGACUUCUAAGAACAUGAAGAAUCUCCGAACAGGUAACUUUGGUAAAGUUCGGUUGGCUAACAAUCAUACUUUGGCUAUCACAGGAAUAGGAGACAUAGAAUUGAGGACCUCGCUGGGUACUACUUGGAUCCUGAAGGAUGUCAGGGUUAUACCAGGUCUCAAGAAGAUGUUAAUUUCUGUUGGUCAGCUUGACGACCAAGGGUAUGAUGUCGUGUUUGGAGGAGGACAGUGGAAGGUUGUGAAAGGGAGUCUUGUUAUUGCAAAGGGCAAGAAAAGAGGUACACUAUACAUGGUGGAGGUUCCUGCUGAAGAAGCAAAUGCAGUUACAGCUAAGCUGAGUCUUUCAAAGUUAUGGCACCAAAGACUCGGGCAUAUGGGUGAUAAGGGAAUGAAGAUGCUUGUGGCAAAGGGUAAGCUUCCAGAACUGAAAAAGGUAGAGCCAGAAUUUUGUGAAUCGUGUGUAUUCGGAAAGAAGAAGAAAGUCUCAUUUGUGAAGACUGGAAAACCACCGAAGGCUCAGAAGUUGGAGCUAGUUCACACUGACGUUUAUGGGCCUACAUCAGUCUCUUCUCUAGGUGAAUCAAACUAUUAUGUGACUUUCAUUGAUGACUCAAAUCGUAAGGUAUGGGUCUACUUUCUUAAAAACAAAUAUGAUGUAUUUGAUGCCUUUAAGAAAUGGAAAGUUGCUGUUGAGAAGGAAACUAACCUGCAGGUUAAGAGUAUCAAGUCCGACAAUGGUGGAGAGUAUGUGAGCACAGAGUUCAUUGACUUUUGUGCUAACAAUGGCAUCAAGAUGAUUAAGACGGUCCCGGGCACUCCUGAACAUAAUGGAGUCGCAGAAAGGAUGAACAGGACGCUGAAUGAGAGAGCCAGGAGCAUGCGGAUCAAUGCAGGGCUCCCCAAGAUGUUCUGGGCAGACGCAGUCAGCACUGCUGCCUACUUAAUCAAUCGUGGGCUAUCAGCACCAUUGGGAUUCAAGGUACCGGAGGAAGAGUGGAGAGGAGAAGCUGUCAAGUAUGAGCAUCUAAAGAUAUUUGGGUGUAGUGCUUAUGAUCUUAUCAAGGAUCGUGACAAGUUGGAUGCUAAAGCCAUAAAGUGUACUUUUAUUGGCUAUGGGUCAGAAAAGAUGGGUUUCCGACUGUGGGAUUAUCAGAACAAGAAAGUAAUCCGGAGCAAGCAUGCCACGUUUAAUGAAGCUGAGUUAUAUAAAGACAGAAACACUGAUUCUUCAAAGGUUCAAAAGGAACAGGUUGAAAUUGAAGAAACCAUCAAAACCAGCAGGUCAGAGGAAACUCCAGAUAGUGGGAGUACUGAAGUUGAAGAACAGCCUGAAUCAACUAAUCCUGCAGACGAAAAUGAUGAAAGCAGUAAUAGCUCAGGGGAUGAAGGACCAUCUUCAUCAGAGCCUCAGCAAGAUGAAUCGCAUUGGGUCAGAAGAUCUUCAAGGAUUACAAAGCCUCCUGCCAGAUUCGAUCCGUCAGUCAAUUAUCUUUUAUUGACCGAGAAUGGUGAACCGGAAUGUUAUUCAGAGGCAGUGAAGCAGAAAGAUUCAAAGCAGUGGGAGCAUGCUAUGAAAGAAGAAAUGAGUUCAUUAAACAAGAACAAGACUUGGGUUCUUGUCAAGCUUCCGCCAAACAAGAAAGCAUUGCAGAACAAAUGGGUCUUCAGAAUCAAGGAAGAAAAUGAUGGUUCUAAACGAUACAAGGCGCGUUUAGUUGUCAAGGGGUUCCAACAGAAAAAGGGGAUCGACUACAAUGAAAUUUUCUCCCCUGUUGUGAAGAUGACUACCAUCAGGUUAGUACUAAGCAUCGUGGCAGCAGAAAAUUUACAUCUGGAGCAGCUAGAUGUUAAAACAGCAUUCUUACACGGUGACCUUGAUGAAGACAUUUACAUGGCACAACCUGAGGGGUUUCAAGUUGCCGGGAAAGAAAAGAUGGUCUGCAAGUUGAAGAGGAGUUUAUAUGGUCUGAAACAAGCACCAAGGCAGUGGUACUUGAAGUUCGAUGAAUUCAUGGAACGAACUGGGUACCGGAGAUGUGAAAUGGACCAUUGUUGUUACUUGAAGAAAUUCAAGGGCUCCUAUAUCAUCCUUCUUCUGUAUGUGGAUGAUAUGCUUAUAGCUGGUGCUAACAUGGAAGAAAUUAGCAGGUUAAAGAGGCAAAUGUCUAGAGAAUUCGAGAUGAAAGAUCUCGGACCAGCCAAACAAAUACUCGGAAUGAGUAUCAUCAGAGAUAAACGGGAUGGAUCUUUGACACUUUCCCAGGAGAAAUACAUAGGGAAAGUGUUAGAGAGGUUCAAGAUGAAUGAUGAAAGAACCAAGCCCAGAAACACACCAUUGGGGAGUCAUUUCAAGCUUACCAAAGAUCAGUCUCCAAAGUCCGACAAGGAAAGAGCUGAAAUGUUGAAUGUUCCUUAUGCAUCAGCGGUGGGCAGUCUUAUGUAUGCCAUGGUCUGUACUAGACCGGACAUAGCUCAUGCAGUGGGAGUCAUUAGUCGCUUUAUGUCAGACCCAGGAAGAGAACAUUGGGAAGCAGUCAAGUGGCUGCUGAGAUAUCUGAAAGGGACUUCAAGAAUGGGUUUAUGUUUUAAGGGAAAAAACGCCAUUCUCAGGGGUUAUUCUGAUGCAGAUUUGGGUGGUUGCAAGAAGACUUUCAAAAGCACUACAGGGUAUGUUUUCACAGUGGGAGGAACAGCGGUCAGUUGGAUGUCUAGAUUGCAGAAGAGUGUUGCUUUAUCAACCACUGAAGCAGAAUACAUGGCUAUUGCUGAAGCCAGUAAAGAGCUAGUAUGGUUGAAGACUUUUCUUGGAGAAUUGGGCAAAGACCAGGCUGAUUACUCACUCUACUGUGAUAAUGAGAGUGCAGUAAAACUUGCUAAGAAUCCAGUGUAUCAUGGUAAAACAAAGCACAUCGGGAUGAGAUAUCACUUCGUCAGGGGUUUGAUAAGUGAAGGUACCAUGAGCUUGAAGAAUAUCCCAGGUGCAGAAAAUCCAGCAGAUAUGUUCACCAAAUCUGUUACGCUGGAUAAGCUGAAGCUACAGCUUCAGCUGGCCUUCAGGAAUAAGUUGAGAAGGCUGGUGGCGAACUAGGAGGAGAUGAAGAGCAGUUGAAGAUUUACAGAAGUACAAGGAGUGGAGAGCAGCCAGUUUCGGUUCGAAGCCUCCAAGUGGGAGAUUGUUAAUGAUGUAGGCUUCGUAGGGUUAGGGCCCGUUAAUCAGUUUAAGCCCAGUUUUGGGUUGCCCUAAUUUUAGUCUAUAUAUUGAUCUCUUGUACUUGUAAUCUUUAUUACUUAAUAAAAUAUCUCCUAGUUUGCCCCCGUGGACGUAGGUUGUACUCUGCAACCGAACCACGUAAAUCUCCGUGUCAUCUUUCAUUGUGUGUGUGAUUUAAAACCCAUUAAGCUUGGGUCUGGUCCAUACGUAUUUAAAGUAGGCGGUUAGCUUUGUCAUCACAUUGGUUCUUUAUGCCCACCAUCUGCUGAACGACCUCGCUUCUUACAAAUAAAAAUUAUUUAGGAUAUUGGAUAGAACUAAUGAGUUGUUUCCGAUCCCAUUACCAUCACGCGAGAGACAAGUACAUUGAUUGCAGGCGAUGUCGUAGCUAAGAAUCACAACGGCUUAUUCUGUUAACACCAGCCUCAAAAGCAUUGACCAUUUCUCCUGACACACUGGCUAUAGCAUCAGCAGCCUUUUGUUUUUCAGCCCCAGCUCGAAUGAUAAUUGAUAAAUUACGGGAGGACAAACAGAGGUUCACGGUUGUAAUGCCCUUGAAAGGUUUUGGAGAACACAAUCUGCACAACUGGAGAUAUUGAUCAUACCUUUUAUAAUUACAGAAGUUCAGGGUUGGUGUCUUGGUGAUUUCAUCUUCUCAAUGUUGGAGAAGAAAUGAUACCAAUGCUGCUGAUGAAAUGGACCUUAGGAAGAGUGCCCAAUCAGUUCAUGUUUUUUUCCAAGUUCUUGUAUAUUCAUGUUGUGGUUUCUCUUUUUACUAUACAUUAAUUGGAACUACUGCUCAUAUAUGGUUAUUUUCUUAUUUUUCCUGCAAAAUGCUCAAAAAGAUUCGUGGCCCAUUUCUUGUUGUUGUACCUCUAUCGACAUUGUCAAAUUGGGCGAUGAAUUCAGGAAGUGGCUUCCAAAUAACGGGAAUGUCAAAGGAAUUUGAAGGACUGUUUGCAGGCUGCAACUCUGCUCAAGAAAUCUGGGAUUUCAACGCGGCCUGGUGCAAAAUAAGUGCCUUGUUUGUGUUUUCAGCGAAGGACGUGGUGGACAUUUGGAAGCAUGUCCGAGGCAACCGGAUGUGGAAGAAAUUGGUAAACGUGAUUAUUUAGAUUGCAGUAUGGUGGGUUUGGAAGUUUCGGAAUGAUGUUACUUUCAACCGCAAAGUGCGGCCUUUGGCGAGCAUAAAAGGAGGCCAUAUUCGUGUGGUUCUAUUAGCACCAGUUUCUUUUUUUCAUUAUGGAGAGGAGAGAGAGGACUAUAGAAGAAGAAGAAGAAAGAGAGAACGUGAACGGAAGGGGAUCCCUACGGCCGACUCGAUUGCUUCGGAUUUUUAACAAAUAAUAAAGGACGAUUUAGGUCUUCAGCUAUUGGUUGAUGAUGUCGGGUUUUGGUCGAUCGGCGAUCGAAGCGGCUAAGGUGGUACCGACAAGUGGGAUUGUGACAAUUGAUGGGGUUUUGCAGCUGUAAGAGGUUGGGGUAGUAAUCACCGGCAGCUGAGACGACUUCUGGCGGCAGAAACGACUCCGACAGCCGGACAGUGGUCAAGAGAGAGAAAGAGUAGAUUUGAAGAUCAAGUGUCAACUGGUAUGGGGUAUUUUCCUUUCCUCACUUUUGAUCUAAACCUACGAUUAAUGCUUUCGGUAUUCCACCAUUUAUGGUGAUGAUAAGCUAGAAGAGUGAAACAUAAAAAAUUAGGGAGAAGAGAGAUGGAUGAAUAUUGAACGAUUGUAGAAGAAUUUUAGUUUGAUUUGGUUACUAACUCAAUUGGAAGAUUAUAAAUGCUAUUUGUUUGAUUUGAGGCCUCUUAAAUCCAUCUGGAUGCUUUUCAUUUUGGGGAUUCAUGCGAGGGUUUAGGGUAUUACUUCAUUGAGUUACUGAUGAUGAUAAUGAUUGAGAUAUGCUUCUUUAUAAUUUUAAUUUUAUCUUUAAUCCAGAGAUGAGGUAGAGAUAUGUAUAAAAUGUGAAGAAAAUUAAAAAGGCUUUAUGCAGGUUUCAGAUGUUGACAUUCAUCCUCUCUUGAGACGUGUUUUCUAUCUUUAUACCUUAGCCCUCCUAAAGAAGAGGUCGGGGCGGUGACCGGAGGGUCACCACCGGUUGAUUCAGACCGUCUUCGCGGCGGCGAUUUUUAAACCCUGCGAUGAUGUUGGCUUGCUACCUGGUAUGGCAACUUCGGUUGCAAUCGUCAUGCCACUGAGUGGGUUCAACGACAAUGAUGAUCUUUUCAGAUCUGAGUCGAUUUGUAUUGGUAUUUUCGUUUUGCUUUCUGAGAUUGAUUAGAUAAUUGUGUUAGUAGUGGUGGUCAUGUUGUUGUUGGUCGUGAUAUUGGUGGUGGUUGUGUUAACAGUAGCUGUGAAAAGGCAGGCAGGCUUUUUUUAUGUUUGUGUUGAAUAGUACAGGCUGUGUAUAUGUUGAUUUGAUGGGGAUUUGAAACAAUGUCCGACAAUGAUGGUCGCUUGCUACUUGGCGUGGCAACUUCGUUUGCAGCCGUACCAGCGCUGAGUCGUAUUUGGCGAUGAUGAAGUGCCAUUCUGAGCCUUUUCGCUUUGUCACGAGUCGAAUGGUUUUGUAGUUUCCGUUUUAUAUAGGCCUUUUCGCUUUUUUUUUUACCCAUCAAUAAGUUAUUUAUUAAAAUGUUGAAAUACAUAUGUACAGGUUAUAUGUUCUGUGUUAUUCACCUCAAUCGCAGGUACGCUUGAAGGCGGUUACGGAAGCAGUGGUGGCGGAGGCGGAUUUACGGCGGAAACUAUGGCGUUGUGUAAGAACUGUAAGCAUUUGAAGAGUGUUGAUUUGCUUUACUGCAAUGGAAUUUGGGUGGAAGGCGUUGAGUUUGUAAUUCUGAAUUCUCCGGAGUUGAGAAAUGUACAGGUUGAAGAUCGUAAGUUAUCGGAAGCUGCAAGAAGAUGGAUGGCGAGUAAGUUUAUUGAGGUUCAAUCCUGAAUCCUAAUUAAGAACAGGUACUCUUUACAGAUUGGAUGAAAAUUGUAUAUGGUUUGUUUCAUUGUGUGUUUGUUGUAUUUAUAUAUUCAUGAUGAAAAUAAGAAUGCAUAUUUGUGUUAUGUUAUUCAUA